CCUGUGUGCUGACUCCACAGCUCCCAUUGGCUGGGAACUGCAACCAAUUUGAGCUGUGGGGGUGGUGCCUAUGAGCAUAGACAGUGUGUGGAAGACCCCCUGCUCCCCCCAACCUAGGAGCCGUUGCCAAAGGGACAUGUCAGCCUCUUCCAGGAGCGGCGCAGGGCCAGGGUAGGCAGGGAGCCUGCCUUAGCUCUGCUGCGCAGCCAACCAGGAGCCUCCUGAGGGAUUGAGAUGCUCUUCCCACUUCAUAAAUUACUUCCACACUCAUGGAUGAAAAUGAUUUCUGAUUGCCAUGGCUGCAGUUGACAGUUUCUACCUCUUGUACAGGGAGAUCGGUCGUUCCUGCAGUUGUUAUAUGGAGGCACUGGCUUUAGUUGGAGCCUGGUAUAUGGCCAGAAAAUGCUUCACUCUUGUGUGUGAUUCUUACAGCUUGAUCAGGUUGCAUUUCAUCCCCAAGCUGGUGAGCAGGGCUGAUUUUGUCAAGCAGUAUGGAAGAUGGGCUGUAGUCACUGGUAGCACAGCUGGCGUCGGAAAAGCUUAUGCUGAAGAACUGGCAAACCGUGGUAUCAACAUUAUCUUAAUCAGCCGGAGCAAAAAGAAGCUGGAGGCCGUAGCUAAAGAGAUAGCCGAAACCUAUAAAGUUGAAACUGCUGUUAUAGUAGCAGAUUUCAGCAAAGGUCGUGAGAUUUACUCUUCCAUUAAGGAAGCCCUCAGAGACAAAGACAUUGGGAUUUUGGUGAAUAACGUAGGAGUGUUUUAUACCUACCCGGAAUAUUUUACCAGGUUGUCUGAGGACAAACUAUGGGAAAUUGUCAAUGUAAAUAUUGCUGCUGCUAACAUGAUGGUGCAUAUAGUGCUGCCAGGGAUGGUACAGAGGAAAAGAGGUGCGAUUGUGAAUGUUUCUUCUGGAUCCUGCUGCAAACCCACACCACAGAUGGCAGCAUAUUCAGCCUCCAAGGCCUACUUGGACCACUUCAGUAGAGCACUACAUUACGAAUAUGCUUCAAAAGGAAUCUUUGUUCAGAGUUUAAUCCCAUUAUACAUCUCCACAAACAUGACACAAUUUGGUGAUCGCAUUCUGUCAAACAAGGUUUUUUUUAUGCCGUCAGCUAAAGUAUAUGCACAUCAUGCUGUUUCCACCCUUGGGAUAUCCAGAAGGACUACAGGAUACUGGAUCCAUUCUAUUCAGUUUCUGCUUGUACAAUAUAUGCCAGAAUGGUUCUGGGUUUGGGGAAUGCAGAUUCUCAACAGUGCUCUACGUCGGGAAGCCGUAUCCCAUGGAAUAUAUUAGGAAUAUCAUCUAGGAAAUAGCCAAUGUGCUAAACUACUGCACUAGCCUACUUUGAGCAUUGGAAGAACUCUCUUUAAAAAACCAAACAGUUUGCUAAUAUGUUUUCAUCAUAAACAAUAUACGAAUAUAGUUACCAGAGAAGCCUGGAUCCUGCCCCUCUUUUGUACUGCUGGGCCCAGAGCAACAGCUGAGCAGGACAUAACUGAUUUUUGUCGAGUACAGUUCAGAUAGUUAAAUCUCUGAGUUUCUCAUGCAAUUGAAUGAGAGUGGGCGGUGUGCUGAUCCUGCAUGGAAUUGACUUGCCAUGGAAAUCCUAGUAAUAUGAAUGGGAAUUUAGAUAGCCCGGUGUUUUGCAUGAUUGGGCACUGGAAGAAUUGAAGGGGAUCCCUAAUCAUGUUGUGUUAUAAAGACAAUCUCAGAUUUUAAAUGAACUAAAUCUCUUUACAGUGGACUAUCUUGUGUUGAUUUUCCAAUCUUGUCAUUGCAGAUGUUAUGUUGAAAAAUGUAUACGGUUACUUUUCAAAACUGGGAGAAAGGUAGAAUGCAUUUAAGCCUUUUUAGUUAGUUAAUUCUUUUGUUUGUGUGUGUUCUGAUAGAGCAGCAAUAAAGUUCAAAUAAAAAUGUUUGCUUGCUUUCCUAUACCAAGUUUGAAAGGUUUUGAUCCAAUUUUCAAGUGGAUACUCCAUUAAUAAUCUGUGACGUCUAAAGAAUUUAAUCAGAUACUUAAACUAUUUUAAAAAGUCCAUGAUUUAAGGUGGAGUCUUUUGAUCUUUUAAAAAUAUAUUUAGGUCUUCUUUCUUCUGUAAGUGAAAACUAUUUAAUUUUGUAACAUUUGCUUUUAUGUUGCUAGUAGUGUAGCAUUUUUUACUACUUUCUGCCUACCUUGUACCAUAUACUAUGGUGUAAAUACCACAAAAACUAAAUUUUCUGGGAGUCAAA